CUGUUGAAUUGACUAAUGAUAACAAGAAAAGAAAUACAUCGAUGGUUUGGAAUCAUUUCAUUAAAAAAAACUAUUAAUGGAGAAGAAAAAGCUAUAUGCAAUUAUUGCAACAAACCUAUGGCAGGUAAAAGAUCUGAUGGAACAAACCAUUUGCAUAAACAUUUUUUGUCUUGCAAAAGAAGGUCAUACAAGGAUAUAACCCAAGCCAUCUUGUUGAAAGAGCAAAAGAAGGUAGAUGAGUCAUCUACUUAUUUGAGUAAUUAUCAUUUUGAUCCAGAUAAGUCAAGAGAAGAUCUUUCUAAUAUGAUAAUACUUCAUGAAUAUCCUCUUUCAAUGGUAGAUCAUUUGGGCUUUAGAAUAUAUUGUGAAGGUCUUCAACCUUUGUUUAAGAUUCCUGGUAGAAACACAAUUAAAAAUGAUAUUAUAAAGAUAUUUCAACAUGAAAAAGGGAAGAUCAUGGGGAUUUUAGAAAAGAUCGGGAGUAGGAUUGCUUUAACAACACACAUGUGGACAGUUAGCAACCAAAAGAAAGGAUAUAUGGUCAUUACAUGUCACUACAUUGAUGAUGAUUGGAAUAUGCAAAGUCGCAUAUUACAGUACGAUACUUACGUAUUUGUGUACUGUAAACGUUAUUAAUUGCAUAU